CGUGGUCUUCGGCGGCGGAGGCAACGGCGCCGGCGGCGGCAAAACAGUCGGCGGCGUCGACGGGUACGCUGUGUUGAUCGCCACCCGGUGGCAGUCCGUCGACGCGCGUCUUCCGCGGUACAGUUCGAUUCGCACGCAACAGCCGCGCGGUCCUUUGCCGGUGCUCCAAACGCCGAGCGCGCAAACCGCCCGCCCACGAUUUUGGUCGUCAUCGUGAUGUGCGCCCUUCCAACGACAUCGCGUAACUGAAGCGUCAAGUUGAAAUAAUCUUCAAGAAUAACAGACACGGAAAUACAUAGAUAUGAUAACAGAAUAGAAGAAAAAAUCGAAAGUUUACAUACAUUAUUCAUGACGAAGAUUUUCACAAAAUCAUCAAUAUUGAAGGAAUCAGAUACUAUUUUGCGAUACGAUUGAGAAACAAUUAAAUGAAAUAAAAAAAAAAAAUUACUGUAAUGGUAGAUAUUAAAUAUAUUUUAGCAAGCAGUUAAAGACUUCAGUAAAUCAAAACACAAAAAUAAAAACUGUCAUGAAUUACUUCACUUUGCCAUAGAAGAAUAAGCAAAAGAAAAAAAAAGCUGUGUGAUGUCGCUGCACGGUGACGGCGGUAACAUGAGCGCCGAGAGCGGCAGCUUCCUGAUGCCGAAACGGGAUCCGCUGUACAUCGUCGUGCCCAUGAUCAUCAUGUAUUCGGUGAUAUUCGUGACGGGCGUCAUCGGCAAUUCCAUCACGUGCCUGGUGAUCGCCAAACACAAGUACAUGCACACGGCGACCAAUUACUAUUUGUUCAGUCUGGCCGUAUCCGAUCUCAUACUGCUAGUGUCCGGGCUCCCGCAAGAGAUGUGGUCGAUUUGGUCCAAGUACCCAUACAUAUUCGGCGAGAUAUUCUGUCAACUCCGAGGGCUGUUCGCCGAAAUGUCGGCCAACGCGACCGUGCUGACCAUAACGGCGUUCACGGCGGAGCGGUACGUGGCCAUCUGCCAUCCGUUCAUGGCACAGAGCAUGUCGAAACUGUCCCGGGCCGUGAAGCUCAUCGUCAUCAUAUGGCUGGUGGCCGUGAUGUUCGCCAUACCGCAGGCGUUGCAGUUCACAGUCUCGUCGUACGACGGCAUGCCCGAGGUGACGCAGUGUAACAUCAAAACGAUACAGCUGAUGGAUACCGACGUGAAACUGUCCACGGUUUCGUUUACGCUUUCCACGCUACUGUUCUUCGUGCUGCCCAUGACGUUCAUCACGGUGCUGUACGCGCUCAUCGGGCUGCGUCUCCGGCGCUCGGACAAGCUGAAGCGCACGAUAACGGUGCGGUCGUCCUGCGGCGAGAAAAAGAUCUCGUCGCCGGAGUACAGGGCCAACUCGUCAUCGAAAGUGCUUAAAAUGCUCGUGGCCGUCGUCGUGGCGUUCUUUAUCUGCUGGGCCCCGUUUCACGCACAACGGCUGAUUGCCAUAUUCUGGUCCAAUCACGCAUCAUCUAAGGACGAGGACAUUCCGUUCUUGCAUCAGCUUUACGGCAUCACCACGUACGUAUCUGGCGUGCUAUACUACAUGUCCACCACCAUCAACCCGAUUCUGUAUCACAUCAUGUCGUUGAAAUUCCGCACGGCAUUCAAGGAAACCGUGUUACGGUGCUGUGGCGGUGACGGCGACGGACGGCCAAGCAGUCGGAGCGAACAGCUGCGGUGGCAGCGGAGUCGGGGGCAGCUGUUGCACGGCGACGGCGACCCACCGUCUCCUGGAGCGGCCGAUCACGGUCUCGGCGGCGGGCGGUGGUGGCGGCAGGAGUACAGACGGGUGUCCGGCCGGACGGCGUCCACUUCCGUCGAGCUGUCGUCGGACGGAGACCGCGCGGAUGUCGGCACCAGUACGGCCGCAGCCGGGACGACAGCGACCACCGCCGCCGGACUGGCCGAGUGUUGGCGGCGCACGCUGAAGGGCUCGGCGAACGGCGCAGAAGGGAUCGCGGCGCGGCGUGGUUGCGACGGGUGCUCGGGCCGUCCCAGAAACGACGCGGACGACUGUUGCAGCUGCUGCUGCUGCUGCCGCACCGAUAGUUCGACCACGCCCGUCCGGGACGACCGGCUGCCGGCCGCGGCACUCAGUAACUGGACCGUGAUCAGCAACAGCAGUCUCAGGGACGUGGAUGGCGACGAUCUGCGCGACGAACUGGUCGGUUACGCGGUGGACGGGACCGUGGCCAUCACUUCUGCUGUCAUGGCGGACAAUUUCGACGGCAUCGAAAUCGUUGUCGGCCACCGAUCGUAGACUACUGACCUCCGGACGGAUGUCUUAAGGAUCAUCUCGAAUUUUAGACACGCGGUUGCACCGUGCUUUGUCGUCGCUCUACCGGUACUUGUAAACUCAUCCGGCGUAUAAUAGUCUCGAUCUCCCGUGUCCUCUCCAAAUUCGACGAAUGCUCCGGACAUGUUGGAUCGCAAGUGUUGUACGAACGUUAAGAAUGUAUUGAACCCUUUGGAGUCGUUUUCGGUUCACUGCUUCGGUACCAAGGGCGUAUCGAUUUAAAAAAAGGGAGACGAUUUUUACGAUUCAAAGGGUGCGACACUUGGCAAAGAUCAUGCCAGGGCUUAAAAUAUAUUUUAAUCGUUUGGUUUUAAAUAUAUUUUAAAUCGUGACUGGACCGUAACGACUAUGAUGCACCGGAUUCUCAACGAUUAUUUUUCGGGAACGCCAUUUAUAUCUUAAGGGUGGGAUAUUAUUUACCCGUUAUUCCUCCUCAGGAUCCGCCACUAACGCAUAAUUUAUAUCUCAAUAGAGUUCUCGGCAUUGAUAAUUCGCAUUAUGUGUGUGGUCGUGCUUAAAAUUCACCGGCAAGUAUUCAUCGAUUAUGAUGAUUUUGUAAGAACUCAAAUCUUCCAUUAAAUUAAAUUGCUCGCCUUCUCGUCAACGUUCCUCAGAGCAUUGACCUUUAAGUCAUACUUGAUUUGAUUUAUUUACAAUUUUUGAUAACAUCAGUUAUCUUUCCUUCUGAACAUCGUACCUUCCAUAAUUGUGUUGUGAAAUCUUUCUAUCUAGCUCAGAGCAUCUCCAACCAUUUUAAAACGCUUUAUAUAUAUACUGUAUCUAUAAAUAUACGUUAUUAUUUGGAGUUUUAAGUACUACUAAAUUUUUUUUCUACUCCAUCUAACUAUCCAACUUUACAUUCACUCCCAACAAAAGGCUAUUAGUAUUUUAUUUUCGAUAUAAUUUACGCAUAUAUAACCGUAAAACAUAUAAAACAUAUAAUUCUUUA